UUAUGAAUGGCACUGACAUGGAGGAAAUACCGUUUCAGAAAGUCAAAACCAAGAGGAAGAAGUGCUGCCACUGCUGUUGCUCCCCGCCGGCUGCCGCGGCGUCGGGAGCGGGAGCCGGGUUGGGGGAUCCCCCUCCCUUGCUGCUGCUGGAUGCCAUCGCCUGCGAGGACGAGUUUGACUGCAAGGAGCUGGAGGCUCUCUUCCAGAGCUACAACCUGAAGCUGGAGCAGACGUCCACCCUGAAGGCGCUGGCCGUCCUUAUCGUGCUCACCGCCAGCCUAGCCCUGGUGGAGCUGCUCUCCGGCCCCAGCCUGACCAUCUCCAAAGGUUCGCACCCGGUACACUGCAUCAUCUUCCUCUCCCUUUUUAUCGUCACCAAUGUCAAGUACCUGCAGGUCACUCAGCUGCAGCAGAUCGUCAAGCUCACUUUGCUCUUCAGCUUCACCUUCUCCUUCCUCUGCUGCCCCUUCUCUCUCGGCGCCUAUGGCAUGGAGCCGCCCAGCGCCCCCGAGCAGGGCAUGUGGCAGCUUAUGCUGGUAACCUUCGUCUCCUACUCGCUGCUUCCCGUCCGGACGCUGCUGGCCAUCGUCUUCGGGCUGGUGGUGUCCGUUUCCCACCUCAUCGUCACCGCCACCUCCGUCAGUGCCAAGCGGCAGCGGCUCUGGAGGACGCUUGUGGCCAAUGCAAUCCUUUUUGUCAGUGUAAAUUUGUAUGGGGUCUUUGUGAGGAUUUUGACAGAAAGGGCUCAGAGGAAGGCAUUCCUUCAAGCCAGGAACUGCAUUGAGGACAGGCUGAGACUGGAGGAUGAAAAUGAAAAACAGGAACGUCUGUUGAUGAGCCUUUUGCCCAGGAAUGUUGCAAUGGAAAUGAAGGAAGACUUCCUGAAGCCUCCUGAAAGGAUUUUCCACAAGAUUUACAUUCAAAGGCAUGACAAUGUUAGUAUCUUGUUUGCAGACAUUGUGGGGUUCACUAGUUUAGCAUCACAGUGUACUGCCCAAGAGCUGGUGAAGCUGCUGAAUGAACUUUUUGGAAAAUUUGAUGAAUUAGCUACAGAAAAUCAUUGCAGAAGAAUAAAAAUCCUAGGGGACUGUUACUACUGUGUAUCAGGAUUGACCCAGCCCAAAACAGAUCAUGCCCAUUGCUGUGUUGAAAUGGGACUGGAUAUGAUUGACACCAUAACAUCUGUUGCAGAAGCCACAGAGGUUGAUCUCAACAUGAGAGUUGGAUUGCAUACAGGCAGGGUGCUUUGUGGCGUCCUGGGUCUCCGAAAAUGGCAAUAUGAUGUCUGGUCAAAUGAUGUGACAUUAGCUAAUGUAAUGGAAGCUGGAGGACUGCCUGGGAAAGUUCACAUUACAAAGACCACCUUAGAGUGCCUAAAUGGGGACUAUGAGGUAGAACCAGGACAUGGUCACGAAAGGAAUAGUUUCUUGAAGAAGCAUAAUAUUGAAACGUAUUUUAUUGUGCCAUCCCAUCGUAGGAAGAUAUUUCCUGGACUGAUUCUCUCAGAUAUUAAGCCUGCCAAAAGAAUGAAGUUCAAGACAGUCUGCUAUCUGCUUGUUCAGCUCAUGCACUGUCGCAAGAUGUUCAAAGCGGAGAUCCCUUUCUCCAACGUCAUGACGUGUGAGGAUGAUGAUAAGAGGAGAGCAUUAAGGACAGCCUCUGAAAAACUCAGGAAUCGCUCCUCUUUUUCUACCAAUAUUGUAUACAACACUCCAGGAACUCGAGUGAACAGAUACAUCAGCCGCUUGAUAGAGGCCCGGCAAACUGAGUCUGAGAUGGCUGAUUUGAACUUCAUUACCCUGAAGUAUAAGCAAAUUGAGCGUGAGAAUAAAUACCACCAGCUUCAGGAUGAGUACUUCACCAGUGCUGUAGUUCUCUCACUGAUUCUAGCUGCCUUAUUUGGCCUUGUCUAUCUUCUAAUAAUACCACAGAGUACCGUAGUUCUUGUUCUCCUGGUGUUCUGCAUAUGCUUCCUAGUGGCUUGUAUUAUGUAUCUACAUGUCACACGAGUACAAUGUUUUCCAGGGUGCCUGACAAUACAAAUUCGUACCAUUUUGUGUGUUUCUAUUGUGAUCUUAAUAUACUCUGUGGCUCAAGGCUGUGUGGUUGGCUGUAUGCCUUGGGUUUGGAAUACCAAUUCCAGCAGCUCAAUAGUUAUAAUUUCUCCUGGUGGAACAAAUAAAACAAUGAAUGAACUUCCAUGUGACACAGCCCACUAUGCUUUCCUUUCUUGUGUAGUGGGGACUCUCACCUUGGCAAUAUUUCUACGUGUAUCUUCCUUGCCAAAAAUGAUUCUCCUGCUUUUUGUUACAAUUUUGUACAUAGUUAUUCUGGAACUCAGUGGUUACAGAAAAGCAGUGGGGGGCGGCUCCUUUUAUAUGCGUGGCUAUGAACCAAUACUAGCUAUUUUGUUAUUUUCUUGUGCUUUAGCACUGCAUUCAAGACAGGUGGACUUGAAACUGCGUCUGGACUACCUCUGGGCAGUGCAGGCAGAAGAAGAGAGAGAUGAUAUGGAGAGAGUCAAGCUGGAUAAUAAAAGAAUUCUUUUCAACCUGUUGCCAGCCCAUGUUGCACAGCACUUUCUUAUGUCUAAUCCAAGAAAUAUGGACCUUUAUUACCAGUCAUAUUCACAAGUGGGAGUGAUGUUUGCUUCCAUCCCAAAUUUCAAUGAUUUCUACAUAGAAUUGGAUGGCAAUAAUAUGGGAGUGGAAUGUUUACGCCUGUUAAAUGAAAUCAUUGCUGAUUUUGAUGAGCUUAUGGACAAAGAAUAUUAUAAGGAUAUUGAAAAGAUCAAGACAAUUGGAAGUACAUAUAUGGCAGCUGUGGGACUUGUACCUACUUCAGGAACUAAGGCUAAAAAAUCAGUUUAUUCCCAUCUGAGUACACUGGCAGAUUUUGCAAUAGAGAUGUUUGACGUUCUUGAUGAAAUCAACUAUCAGUCUUACAAUGACUUUGUCCUACGAGUUGGUAUUAAUGUUGGACCAGUAGUGGCAGGAGUCAUUGGAGCCAGAAGGCCACAGUAUGAUAUCUGGGGGAACACUGUGAAUGUUGCCAGCAGGAUGGAUAGUACCGGAGUGCAGGGAAAGAUUCAGGUGACAGAAGAAGUUCAGCGGAUAUUAAAAAGAUGCAGUUAUGAAUUUGUGUGCAGGGGUAAAGUCAGUGUAAAGGGGAAAGGUGAAAUGUUGACCUAUUUCCUGGAAGGAAAGGCUGAUGGAAAUAAUUCCCAAACACGAUCUUUAAACUUAGAGAGGAAAAUGUAUCCUUAUGGGAGAGCAAACAUUCAAACAAAACUGGGCACUAGCUGUCCAUCAGUGUCCUCAGUUUCUAGCUUUACUGUAAAACCUGGUCUUGGAGCAGGUCAAGUAUCUGCCACUCACACAAACCAAACACUGCAUUAUCUUCCUUCUGUGCCAGCUGUGAAGGAGGCAUAG